AUGAAUUUUCCGGGCUCUGGGAAUGUGAGUCUCAGAACCGUCAGUUCAAGCAGACCACAAUUGUUUCGGACCGAGUCUCAACAGUCUAUUGCUGCAUCGGACGAUUACUAUUCCUUCUCGGAUCGCACGACAUCCUCCAGUUCCAGAUCUCCAAGUGCGGGUAGUCGGCUUACCGUUCAGCGGUAUGCCACACCGAAUUCACACCCUGUCUCGAAUUCAUCGUCUCCCGCGGUCUCUCGAACGCAUCUAGGCCCCAAUAUGGCUGGUUCUCGAUCGCAGCAUUCCAUUCUGGGCCCAUCUCGGGGUAAGAAUGUGCCCUCCACCACUGAUAUGCCAGCUGGGUCAACUCGACACCUGCCAAACGACAGUUAUGCCGGUCGCUCCCCAACACCUGGAAUGGACGACUCGCCUUACAUCCGUUUCGCUAUCAACCAACUCUCGCGAGAUGAUGAGCCGAGGCCUGACUCAAGGCAGAGUUCCAUCACCAGUGUUGAUUAUCCAGCACAGCCGCUCAUGUGGGAUGAAGGCUUGGGCCAAUUCACUCGGUCGCCCAAGCCAAAAAAGAGCUCCCUACGGCCGUCAGAGGAGCAUUUACGUCCCGACAGAUUUCCUUUGAAUUCAGUCGAUCCAGAAGCAUUUGUUGCGGUCGAUUCUCCAGAUGAUAGCCUGCUAUACCCGUCCCUAACCUACAUGCCAGUUGUAUUACGGCCGUGGGCGCUAGCUCUGAUCAUUCUUUGUUCCCUGCUCAUGAUUGCUGGUGUUGUCUUUUGCAAUGUCUGGUCCCAGCGACAUCAAGGGCUCUGGGAUUACAAUGGACAGGGAGGCCCCCGGUAUUUCGUCGUGCAAUUCCUCCCGCAGAUACUGGCAGCUCUUAUUACGAUUUGGACCUUUGUGAUCCAGGCGGCUGUGUAUCGUGUGAUGCCUUUUCUGAUCAUGGCCGCUGAGAAACAACAAGAUCGCGUGAUACAACGGCUUCCAGUCCUGUCGCGGAAUUUCCUGCUUCCGGACCUGUCCUAUUUCAGCCACGGGGAGCCCUUGGUUGGGAUUUCUCUGUUUGCAAUCUGGCUGUCCAAUCUGAUCACGUUACCACUGCUAGGCUCUUUCUUUCAAGCAAAGUGGUAUCGGAUUGAUGGGGAGGGACAGUGGCGGUGGAAUGCAGUCAUUGCUGUGGGGUGGACACUCGUUGCUCUGUACGGGGUGCUAGUUAUCGGCCUGAUGGCGCUCCUGGUCCGCUUUGUGCGGACAUGGUCGGGGUUGAUGUGGGAUCCUGUCAGCCUGGCUGAUUUGAUCCCUAUCAUCCAACGAUCGAAUGUUCUACACGACUUUGAACAUUCCGAAACGGUGACGGAUGUUGGCGAGACUCUUCCCCUUAGAGUACUCAGGCUAGGAUACUGGCGAGUCUCGAACCACACUGAAGCGUUCUAUGGGAUUGGCGAGGUCGACGCUCCAAUCCGGAAUCCAUCCCUGCAUCACACGGAGAAGACCCGUGAGAAACAGCCGCAUGGGCUUUCAACCGUUGCCGUUGAUGUCGAGAGACAGAACUUGCAUGCGGGCGAUAACCCCGAACAUCAGUUAUAUUCUCAGGCCGUCCGUCAUCGUUGGACACCUUGGUUUUUGAAGGACACCUGUGUGGUGGCGUGGACAGUCAUCAUUGGCGCGCUCUUCAUUGCCUUUGUGCUCGUCAGCUUUAUCCAUGAUGCCAUUCAAGGUGGAUUCCCUCCACGCUUGCCAACGCUACCAUCGACAGGCGCCUUCUCGUCCUCCAAUUUCCUGUACAGUUUGGUUCCUGCAUUUAUCGGAAACAUUCUCUUCCUCGCCUGGCAACCUGUCGAUGUCUACUUCCGAGCAUUGCAACCAUUCGCUGCUCUCUCCUCUCCAGAUGGUGCGCGUGCAGAGCAGAGUCUGCUCCUCGGAUACCCUGCCUCCUUCCCUCUCCUGGUAACUGUGCAGGCCGUCCUCAACAAACAUUACAAGGUGGCUUGGAUCUCUUUGAUGGGUAUCGUCUCGGCUGCCCUUCCAAUCUUGGCCGGGGGCGUCUUCAUCGCUCUUUGGUAUCCUUCUCACGACGAAGUGAGGAUUGCCGCGUUGAUGCCGGCUUUCUAUGCGCUGGUUGCCUUUUGCGCUUUAUACACCGUCUCUUUUCUGUGUAUUUGGCCUCGACGACGCCGCCAUCUCCCCCACGAUAUCAGUACUUUGGCCGACCAGAUGAGCUUUGUCUACCAAAGUCCCCUGCUCGCGGAUAGCUUACUUCGAGAACCUAGGAGCAAGGCGGACCUUGUUACUCGAUUGGUCACAGCGGCCCCAGGAGAUCGCGAAUAUCCAUUAUACGGCUUUGGGAUCUACGUUGGCCGCGAUGGAAAAGAGCAUCUUGGAAUUGAUCGAUUUCGACGACCAGGUCGAUCCGAUAUGCUCAUUACAACAGGGACAGUGAAACACUGA